CACAGUUUAAACUUAAAAUCGAACGGUAUUUGAAAUUUCAAAAUUUCUUUAUAACACUAAUUGUAAAAUGCCUUGAAGUCAUGUCGUUCAGUGCAAUCGACUCGAACACCAGGUUCGAGAAAUCGCUCGGACUAUUGACCACGCGAUUUGUGACGCUGUUGCAAGAAUCAGAGGGAGGAAUUUUAGAUCUUAAAGUUGCCGCAGAUACAUUAAACGUCCGUCAAAAACGACGAAUCUACGAUAUAACAAAUGUGCUCGAGGGAAUAGGACUGAUUGAAAAACGGAAUAAAAACUGUAUAGUUUGGAAGGGAGCAGUUGCAGGAGGAAAUACACAGGAAGCUUCAGCCAGAAUAAAAUUUCUUCAAGACGAAUUAAAUACUUUAAAGGAACAUGAAAAAAUGCUGGAUCAACAAAAAACGUGGGCCCAGCAGAGCAUAAAGAAUAUAUUGGAUGAUAUAUCUAACUAUCAACUAGCUUACAUUACACAUCAAGAUAUCUGUCAAUGUUUCGAAGGCCAAACCUUGCUCGCGAUUCAGGCGCCCAAUGGGACCCAGCUUGAAGUUCCAAUACCAGAUAAACAUGCAGGACAUGCCAAUAAAUAUCAGAUACAUCUCAAAUCUGACAACGGACAGAUCUACGUACUCCUUGUGAAUAAAGACGCUGACUCCGACCCUGUUGUUGUCCAGGUUCCUCCCCCGGCGGAUAUUCACGAGGACCUGGAGGGGAGUAGAGAAGACUCGAGGUUUAACACAAGUGACACCGAACUAUCAGAAGUGGAACCAACUCUACCACGGAAUAUCUUAAAACAGGAAUUCCACCACGAGAUUGAUCUAGGGGAAGAAAGCUAUAGUGACAGAGACAACAGUGUCGAGGGGGGUCUUCCUGUCAAACCGUUCCUUAGCUUCUCGAACUCGAAACGGAGCAAUGAUUUCGAUAUACCCAGCUCGAAGCGUAGUGUUGCACAGGAUUUUACAAUGCCAAAUGUAGGAUCGGAAAUACCAGGACUAGACGAACUCAUCUCAUCAGAAAUGUUCGGUCCCUUGCUGCGGCUGUCCCCGCCCCCCUCUGAGAAGGACUACUGCUUCAACCUCGACACCAGCGAGGGAGUCUGUGAUCUGUUUGAUGUAUUAUAACAAGACUAAUAUUGAAACUUGAAUCAACAAAAAUUGAUUUUAGGUGCCAUAGUUGAGAUGUUAGUUUUUAAACAAAGUACUUAAAAAACAACAAUUUUCGCGU